GCCUACUCCCUUAUUUCUCCACCCCCUUUUCACUUGGUCUUGGUUGUCUUCAAUCGCUGGAAACUCGCCUCAAUACCCAUCUCUCUCCCAAUCCAAUUUUCACAUGCCCAGAUAGAAAAAUCUCAAAAUUUCACCCAGAAAAGGAGAAAAUCAAGUUAUUUCUCAAUCGAUAUGGGUUUUUCUCUAAGAUCCUCCAUUGACGAUGCCUCUCCAUCGCACUACCGCACACACAAGAUGUUCCUCUACUUCAACUACAUUAUCUUGGGUGCAGCCUCCAGUUGCAUCUUCCUGACCCUUUCUCUUCGAUUAGUGCCAUCAAUUGUUGGUUUAUUCUUUAUUCUCCUCCACAUCACCACCAUCGCAGGGGCUGUCUCUGGCUGCAUCGCAGCAUCCUCAGGGACUGGCAGAUGGUAUGCAGCUCAUAUGGUGGCCACUGUGCUGACAGCGAUAUUCCAAGGGUCAGUAUCAGUGCUGAUCUUCACCAGGAGUGAAGAUUUCCUUGGGGAUUUGAAUUCCUACGUGAGGGAGGAGGACGGAGUGGUGAUUCUGAGGCUGGCUGGUGGCUUAUGUGUGGUGAUAUUUUGCUUGGAGUGGGUGGUCCUCACGCUUGCAUUCUUCUUGAAGUACUAUUCUUAUGUUGAAGGCGAUAUUAGCGGUGGAAAUGCCGUGAAGAGGAGUGCCAAAGUGCAGCAAGAGGAGAAUUUGAAGGACUGGCCAUGGCCUUUCCAAGUCUAAUUCUUCUCUGCUAUAGCUCUAUAUUACUGUUUAAUUUCUACGUUCAAUUUAUUUGUUUAGGGAUUUGACUUUGAGAGAGAGACUGUGAUUUUAUUGAUCUUUUAAUGUGGA